UCACCGGGGACAGGAUGGAGCUGGUGUGGCUGUACAUGGUACUGAUUCCAGUGCAGCAUGUCCUCGCUGUGACCUGGCUGUACCUGGCCAAGCAGAGUUCCCUGCGUGGGGCCCUCCAAGACCCUGGUGACUGUAAGGGUCUGAGAGGGCUGGUAGAGGAGCAGGUACGCAUUUGCCAGCGGCAGGUGGAAGCUAUGGAUGCAGUGAAACAUGCAGCAGAGUUGGCCAUCGAAGAGUGCCAGCAUCAGUUUCAUGCUCGCCGGUGGAACUGCUCCACCCUACAGGGACUGCAGGUCUUCGGCAAAGUCACCAUCCAAGGCACACGGGAGUCUGCUUUCAUCCAUGCCAUUGCUGCUGCGGGUGUCGCCUUUGCUGUGACCCAGGCCUGCAGCCAUGGGGAGCUGGAGGAUUGUGGCUGCGACCGCAAGAUCCGAGGAGUCAGUGCCGAAGGUUUCCAGUGGUCAGGCUGCUCUGAUAACCUGUCUUAUGGGAUUGCAUUUUCUCAAGCCUUUGUAGACAAUCCUGAAAGGAGCCGUGGCAUCUCCUCCAGCCGGGCUCUCAUGAACCUGCACAAUAAUGAAGCUGGGAGGAAGGCCAUCCUGUCCCACAUGAAGGUGGAGUGCAAGUGUCACGGUGUGUCAGGCUCCUGCGAAGUGCGCACCUGCUGGAAGGUCAUGCCCCCCUUCCGUGAGGUGGGCAAUGUCCUCAAGGAAAAGUUUGAGGGCGCAACAGAGGUUCACCCCAAGUGGGUCGGUUCCCGCAAGCUGCUGGUGCCCAAGAGCUCUCGCUUCAAGCCCUACACAGUUCAUGAUCUGAUCUACUUGUUGGCCAGCCCGGACUUCUGCGACUGGGACCCUCGGCAUGGGGUUUUCGGCACCUCCGGCCGCCAGUGCAACCGGACAUCCCCAGCGAUGGAUGGCUGUGAGCUGCUUUGCUGCGGGAGGGGUUUCCGCAGCGCCCACACUGAAGUGGUGGAGAGAUGCGGCUGUAAGUUUCGCUGGUGCUGCUCGGUCACGUGCAAGCAGUGUCGGCACCUGGUGGAAGUGCACAGCUGCCGCUGA